GGACCCAUGCCCAACGAAAGCGACAAGUUUUAGUCUUGCUUGGUUGCUCCAGAAAUUUAGUUUGAUUUUGAUUUUGAUUUCAUAUCGUAGUUUUUUGGACAGAAUAUAAUAAUAAUUAAGAACCAAAAGUUAAAUAUCAAGCUAAUAUUCUAACCAGUCACCAAAAUGGAAACUACAACUAGGAAUCAGGAUCAGUCGGACGACGACGAGCAGCUAGACUCAUCAUCGUCAUCAUUGGAUUCGGCAAUAGGACAUCUGAAAAAGAAAAAGCACAUUCGGUUGGAAGGGGAAGAUUCUGAUUCGGAAUCUAGAAGUUUGAACGAAGAAAUUGAGGUGCUGAAAACAUACUUCCAGGAAAAUGUGAAACAAGCUGCUGAAGAUCUUCACGAAGAAGUAGAAGCUGAGCUCACCGCGGAUUGGAGAAGUAACAUGAACCGGAUGGAAGAGGAGAUUAAAAAACUUGACGAGAGGAAAGACUCAGAACGACCGGCUGAUUUUAAGCUCAAUACAAGUCAGUGGACCGUACCUCCUUCAGUUACAUCGUCUUCAUCGGACUCGGACUCGCCCCAAACCCAAAAACAGACCAGCAUGAAGAGUCCUGGAACCAAGUUUAGAGGUUAUACCAUUCCAAUUAAAGAUAAAUUGCGCCCGUCAUUUGGUGGACGAUCCAAGGUUGCAGCCAGUGUCAUUCCGAAGAUAAAAGCACUUCCACCAGUGACCUACUGGGUUUCCACUCCUACAAAUGUUUAUGCUGAGGAUGAGCCGACGCUGACCCAUAUUCCAUACCUAGGAGAAGAAGUGCUGGCGAAUAAGAAAGAAGCUGGAAGGUUUAUAAAGCAACUUGUUAACGACACCUAUGAUAGUCAGGUGUAUGGGCAUGAUGAAGACGAUGACGACGACGACGCUGAUGAUCAACUAAAUAGUACGCCAACGUACACCCCUGCAUAUAAGAUUGAGAGCGAUGAACAGUUUAUGAAACUAGUGAACAAGGCGAUGCAGAUUAGUGGCGAACCUGAGGGUGCCUCUCCGAAACUGGAAAUAUUUGAAGCAAUGGUGAAACUGUAUCAGAUGCGUUGGAAACCGGAAGCAUUGAUGGAUCGAUAUAUGAGCCUUUCCCAAGAAGCAGCCAGCUGUCAAUUGUUCGAACCUCGACAUCCUGACUACUCGCCAAACAUUGAUGGACCAGAAGCCCAAUCCAUUUCGAAGGACAAAGCCAUGCAUUCUUAUCAUUCCUUAUUUUGCAAGAGAUGUGCCAUGUACUACUGCACGUAUCAUACGCCGGAGGAGCGUGGUGAGAUGCCAACUGAUUCAGAUGAUUCCAGUUCUGAAGAGGAUGCAGAAGAAGAAGAAGAAGACAAAAUUUGUGGUACUAAAUGUUAUCGGCUGGGAAUUGAGGAAAAGCCAACAUCGUCACGUCGUAUUACUUCUCAUACAACCGAAUGGACUCCGGCGGAGGAGACCUUAUUCCGAUCAAUUCAACCUUUGUUUAAAAAAGAUUUUUGCUCAAUGGCGGAAAUAAUUCUGAAUCGGACGUGCCAAGAGGUGUUCCAGUUUGCUCAAGGACAGAGUCUUCUUGAGGAAAAAAAGGAGUCGAACAUGGAAAGUGAGGACGACCCUCCUUGCUCCAGCAGCGGAAAAACUAGGAAAGCAAAGUCCAAGACUCCGCGAAAACCAAAGAAGUUUAAAGCUCCGUUAAUUGUGGAUUCGCAUGAGAAUAACUACAUCCCGUGCAAUCACUCUGGGGAAUGCUCUGUAUCUAAUCCGGAUUGCUGCUGUGCUCAAUCAACGCUCAAUUGCGAAAAAUUCUGCCUUUGCAGCGCCGACUGUUCGAAUCGGUUCCCGGGUUGCAAAUGCAAGGGCCAAUGUUCCACGAAAUUGUGUCCAUGUUUCAUCGCUAGUCGCGAAUGCGACGCUGACCUUUGCAAAGCUUGUAGUGCUCAUGAACUCGACAGGGAAAAAAUUCAUUGUAAAAACGUCAACUGUCAACGACGAUUUGGCAAGCGUCUCCUGUUGGGCCGAUCUUCUGUCUCUGGUUGGGGCUGCUUCCUUGCCGGCGGUGCAAAUAAAGAUGACUUCAUCUCAGAAUAUUGUGGGGAACGAAUCUCCAAGAAUGAAACGGAGCGCAGGGGAAUAGUCUAUGACAGAAAGAAAUGUAGCUUCCUGUUCAAUCUGAAUUCAGAUUAUGUGAUUGAUUCAACGAGGAUUGGAAAUAAACUACGAUUUGCAAAUCAUUCUAAAGGUGCGAAGGCGAAUUGCUACACAAAAAUUCUGCGAGUGAAUGGAGAUCAUCGGAUUGCUGUAUUUGCAAAGGAUAAAAUCGAACCAGGCACCGAGCUUCUCUUCGACUAUGGUGCCAAGGGAGACAAUAAACUCGCCAAGCCGAUUUAUGAUGACGAGAUGAAGGGUGGUGGUACAGGAAAGAAGAAGCCAAUGAAAUGCACUAAGAAAAACGCAAACUAGGAAACACAUUUAAAUUACACGCUUGCAAAUUUUCACAUUACAUUUGUUUUAUUUAGUAUAGAAAAGUAUUAGCUUUUCCUACUUCUGUAGUUGAGUAGUUAUUAUCUUUUUUUAGACAGAUUUCCUGACAUUCUACUUAUAAAAUUAUACGUAAUUCAAUCAAAUAUGAAACAUGUUAAAACUUAAAUAAAGAAAAUAUUCGAAAAAUAUAAGAACAAA